AUGUCUAACCCAUUCCAAAAUAUUGGUAGAAACUUUGCGUAUUUGUGUAUUGGUCUUACUGCUUCUAUAGUUAUCGUCAAGACCGUUGUACGUGAUGCUAAAGUUUCCAAGUUCGACCCGCAGAAUUUGAGUGGGGAUGAGAAGAAAGAUGCAGAUUCUUAUUACGCAAACCCUGCUCUGGUGAAACCAGGGUUCCCCAUGAAGAAAGAAGAAGAAACCACGGAAAUAAAAAGGAAAAGUGAAUUUGAAGGGGCCGGUUUAUCCUACAAUACAAGAAAGCGUGGUGAUAGAUUAGGGUUCUUGGAUAGAAGAAGUAACGAAUGA